AUGCUCCUCGUCGUCUCGUCCACUGCGUCGAGACGCCGCUCGCCGAGUGUCUCAUCGUCUCGGUGCCCCUCCUGCUGUCAUCCACAACGAUACAACAAUUUCCUGGGGCUCGGUCCCGGUGGCACGCCGCCUACCUUUCAGGGCUACGCCCGCAUCGCCUGGCUCCGCCUCUGGGCCCUCCGCGAUCCCUUCACCCCGCCCGACCCGGACCCCACACCGGGCCGCCUGCCGACCCGCGGCCGUCUCCUUGUCGGCACCAACUCCGCGCCAAGCAGGACCAGCAGCGUCCACGGCAGCAGCAGCAACAACACCAAUGUGGACGCCCUCCCCUACCGCCCCGGCCCUCGCCCCGUCGUCGCUGGCAUCGCCCCGCAGCGCCAGCUCGACCAGCACGGCGCCAAGCCGCAGCCGCUUCGGCACGGCCCACUUGUGCAUCGAGAAAGCACGGUCUCGGCCUCUUUGCGCGCCACCCCGUCAACGUCACCUGCAACGGCGAAGGUAUGCCACGUCCACGACUCGGACCACUCGCUGCACAUGACGCUGCACCCGGACGACAUUGCCGAGGUGCUGCGCAAGGGCUGGGGCCAGCGCCAUCCGCUCGCACGCAAGGGCUGGUUCGGCGCCAUGCCGGUGCCCGAGGAGUUUCUCAUGGUGUACGCGCCGAGGGACGACCAGGAGCUGCAGAUCGUGUGCAGAAUCAUCGAGGCGGCCAUAUGGUACGUCACUGCCGAGAGUGAACAGAUUGAGGUGCUCUACAGGUCGCGAACCCCCUCCAUCGCCUCUUCCAAAUGA